GUCAAACCUCAAACAAUCAAAACAGCAACAUCAUUCUGUGCAUUCCGGCGUUUCUUCGGAGGUUUUUGUUCUCAAGUGAAAUCUUAAAACAUCAUUAGAAAAUGGAUCCUGCCAUCAAGGUUACGCCGAAAAUGCCGUCGACGUUCAAUGAGUUCUCGGGUCACUUGGAGCCGCGCGAUGAAACCUGCGUUGCCCAGCUUCAGGCAGUCCAUCCUUUGAAGCAAUCAGAACUGAAUUACAAUCAGCACCGUCAAAAUCUCAACAUGCAGAUGCUCCGUAAACACGAAGGACUGGCCGCUCCGCUUAAGCUUGCGAUGGAACUCAAAGCUGUAUCGAAGGUCGGACAUUUGCCAUUCCUUCCUUCGACGAAUGUUGCUCGGGAUGUUCUUACCGGUCGUGACGAAAUGAUCGAAUUUUCUGAUAUAUUCAACUUGGAAGAACACCAAGAAAUUAUGCGUCAACCCCACGCUGUCAUGGAGAAGUAUUUAGGAAUGUAGGUUUGUGGUUUUUCUUUUCGAUUCUAAGUGGAGGGUACUACAAUGUGAAAUAAAAGUUUAUACAUUCGGAAACCUA